UAACAGGAGCCGGGAGCGGCUGCGGGGGUUGGUGGCACAGAGCGGAUGUGGCUGCGGUGCUGUGGUUUUCACCGAGCAGCCGCCUCGGGAGAGUGAGGGGACGGGGGGGGCAGGGCACGGUCUGCUGCCGGUGGUGUCUGCUUCCCGUUGUCCUGGGGGAGCCCUGCGAGCUGGUGGCCAUCUGUCCCGCGAGCACUGGGGCUCAGGUCCCGCCUGGCCCACGAGAUGUGACAGACUGCUGUGCUCUUCUCCUUCUCUUUGCUGAACUUUUUCCGGGUGGGAACUUCUUCACGCCGGCCCACCUCUCCGGAGAUUGAGGCUGCCUCUGGAUCUCAUCCUUCUCAGCUUUGGCAGGGGACUCGGGGUCCUGGUGGAGCCCCGGGGUCUGUCACCGUCUUCUCCCCUCACAUGUGGCAGUUCUUGUUUUGCAGGUGCAGCCGGGUGUGUAGCAACAUUGCUCCACGAUGCGGCGAUGAACCCUGCAGAAGUGGUCAAACAGAGGAUGCAGAUGUACAACUCGCCUUACCAGCGUGUGACAGACUGUGUACGGACUGUGUGGCGCAACGAAGGGGUUGGAGCUUUCUACCGCAGCUACACCACCCAGCUCACCAUGAACAUCCCCUUCCAAGCCAUUCACUUCAUGACCUAUGAGUUCUUACAAGAGCACCUCAACCCCCACAGACAGUACAACCCAGGCUCCCACGUGGUCUCCGGGGCCUGUGCGGGGGCUGUAGCUGCUGCUGCCACUACACCUUUGGACGUUUGCAAAACGCUGCUCAACACCCAGGAGUCCCUGGCCUUGAGCUCCAACAUCAGCGGACACAUCACAGGCAUGGCCAAUGCCUUCAGGACGGUGUACCAAGUGGGCGGUGUGACUGCCUACUUCAGAGGGGUCCAGGCUAGAGUCAUUUAUCAGAUGCCCUCAACAGCGAUUGCCUGGUCUGUGUACGAGUUCUUUAAGUACAUCCUCACCAAGCGCCAGGAAGAGCGUCGGGCUGGGAAGUGAGCCAGAGCCAAACCUGACUCCAGACCUGCUUCAUCUCCCCUCCUGGUUUGUCUUCUGACCCUCUCCCUUUUGAUUUGGUUUGUGUUGUAGAGAGGGGGCAGCAAAGCCCUUCUGGGUUUAGUGGUGCCAUUUCUUGCCUGGGGCAGCUGCAGCUCGGCUCUGGCUGCACAGCUCACUCCUGUGGCCUCCCGAGAUGUCCUGAUGGGAGCUGCAGCACAGAUCACAUCCCCUGGCACUUCACUGGAGCUGUGCUCCCAUUCUUCCCUUAACAAAAUCCUCUAAUGCAAAGUUCACCGCUGCUUGGAGGUGAAAGUGAAUGUCCUGCCCUGCCACUGGCAGGGCCAUAGCUGAGCUCAGUCACCAAGGAGAGAGCAGUGGCACUGCCAAGGAUGCUGAGGGCUUCGUCUGGCUUUUGGCUGAAGCAGAGUAUAAGCUUUGCCGUUGUCUUGUAGCACGCACACAUGACGCUGACUGCCCUGGUGGUGGUGGGUAGGGGAGAAUGGCACUUGAGGAGGGGAGGCUGUAGGUUUGUUCUUGUUCCUGCUCUUGACACCUCCAAUAAAAACAGUUCUGCUCUAUCA